UAACCGUCGCUUGUCAAAAAGAAAAUUUAAAUUUUCUUUUUUUUAACAAAACCAAAAAUCAAAAUGUUGAAGUUUUGAAGAGAGAAAUAGCAAAUGAAGAAGAAGAGAGUAGAAUCAGGGUUUGGAAAAGAAAUGGAUGGAAUUAUAAGACAGAAUAAAAGAGAUAGAGAAGAUGGAGUAGUGAUGAGAAAAGGACCAUGGAUGGCUGAAGAAGAUGAAAUAUUAAUGGCUUAUGUUGAUAAGUAUGGACCAAGAGAUUGGAGUUCUAUACGUUCUAAAGGUCUUUUACCUAGAACUGGUAAAUCUUGUCGCCUUAGAUGGGUUAAUAAGCUUAAACCUGACUUGAAAACUGGGUGUAAAUUUUCAGCAGAAGAGGAGAGGAUUGUGAUUGAUUUGCAGGCACGAUUCGGGAACAAAUGGGCAAGAAUAGCGACGUAUCUGCAGGGAAGAACCGAUAACGAUGUCAAGAACUUCUGGAGUACCAGGCAGAAGAGAUUGGCAAGAAUUUUGCAGACACCAACCAUGUCCAAGUCACAGAAAAACAAUGGAAAAUUCCAUGGACUGCCUUCCUUAGAGCCUCCUAAUCUGUGUCCAACUACCAUGCAAGAAGAAUCGGCUUCAAUGAGUAAUUCUUGUCAACCUUCAAUGAGUAAUUCUUCUCAACCUUCUUGUUACAUGGGAAACAAUGUACCUAUCAAAAUGGUGGCAUUACCAGAUUUAGUGAAACAAAACAAUCUUAACAAUAUGGAAAUUUUACCCGAACUUGAGCUCCCUUCAACAACUGAAACAAAACCAUUCAGUGAUCAUCCGCAGCCACUGCAAUUCUCUUUUCCACAACUUCCUGAACCAGAACUAGACAUUCCGCUCUUAUCAGAAAAUCAAAACCUCGAUUUGGAUGUGUUUGGUCGUGGAGAAAUUUCUGAACCUGAAAACGGCUCACACUUCCCUUUAGAUUUACCCUUUUUUGGGUUAGGAAAUGCCGACAGAGACUUGGUGAAGGGGAGCAGCAUAAACACUGAAACCCCAGAUAGUUUCUUCGACGAUUUUCCACCAGACAUGUUCGAUUAUAUGGAACCGCCACUCCCUAGCUCAUUCCACUGGUGAUUUAGUAAAGUUUGUUAUUGUGCCUGUGUAAGAAACACUGCUUUGUUAGUUUUUGUAGUAAGCAUUUGAUGUUUCUAACUGCUUCCAGUUUUAGAUUCUGUACCGAUAGCUUUGCAUUUCCUUCAGAUUAGUAAUAGACUGAGAAUAGACAUCUCUUUAUUUUAUUCAGCAGUAGCAGAAACGAUUCUUGUGGGGA